ACCUUUAACUUUUCAGAUGCUACUCACUUUGAAAUGCUACUAUACUAAUCUCUCCGAGAACCCCUUAAACCUCACGUCCCUGCCACAAUUACAUGACCCGAUCUUUCUACGGAGCCUAAGCGUAGCCCUCUCUCUCUCUCUCUCUCUCUCUCUCGCUUCUUCCACUUUCUGAUCAAUAUCCAUGUCCGGGGAACCUUCUUCACCGGCUUCGUCCUCAAAUUUUGAAACUGAGCAGUCUUAUUCAGACAGCAGUAUUUCUCCGAGUCCAAGUAUUCAAAUGGUUUCAAAAUCGGUGUCUGACAGGCUGCUGGGCAAGUUCUUUGAUGCCUCGCAAUACGACUUUGAUUAUGAGCAAAGUGGUUUGUGGUCUCCUCCACUACGCCGAAGUGUGUUUCUCGACUCACCGGGGAAUAUAAUCUCGUGUUUUGAUCAUCAAGAUGAUGAUGAAAAAAGAUUCUACUCCAAGCUGAAGAGUGCCAAGAUGGCAUGGCCUAGACGCUUCUUUUGUUUGAUCGCUGCCUUAUGGUGCUCUUCAGGGUAAUAGCAGCUUGAGACUCAACAUAGAGCCGUUAUAACCCUUUUCCUUCAAAAACAAAGGCACCAUGGCCAAAUGGGGUUAAAUUUAAAGGGUCGGUUCGACAUGAAAAAGAACCACUGAAAUAUUAUGUACGUGGAGGUUAUUAUAUAUUGUAUACAACUAUAUAUUUCCUUGCUUAUAGCUAUUGAUUUCUCGCCACCAGAAGCAA